CCGGCGCUACCGGCGCUUCCCCCGCGGUUACCGGCCCGGCGCUCGCAGCGGCCCGGCCAUGCUGGCCGCGGCAUGGCCCCUGCGGAGCAGGACGCGCUGGCCGUGCGGGAGCAGCUCUUCCACGAGAGGGUCCGCGAGUGCAUCAUCUGCACCCUGCUCUUCGCCAGUCUCUACAUCUUUUGCCACUUCAUCAUAACCCACUUCAAGAAGCACACAGACUUCACGGCAGUUCAUGAUGAUGAGGAUGCUGCUGUCAACAGGAUUGCGCUGGGGCUGUGCACCUUCACCCUGGCCGUGGCGCUGGGCGCCGUCCUCUUGCUGCCCUUCUCCAUCAUCAGCAAUGAGGUGCUGCUCUCCUUCCCCCAAAACUACUACAUCCAGUGGCUGAAUGGAUCCCUUGUCCAUGGCCUCUGGAACUUGGUCUUCCUCUUCUCCAAUCUGUCCCUCGUCUUCCUCAUGCCCUUCGCCUACUUCUUCACUGAGUCAGAGGGCUUUGUGGGAUCCAAGAAGGGCAUCAUGGCCAGGGUGUACGAGACAUCGGUGGUGCUGCUGCUGCUGACGCUGCUGGUGCUGGGCAUGGUCUGGGUGGCCUCCGCCAUCAUCAGCAACGACGCGGCCAGCCGCCAGUCGCUCUACGACCUCUGGGAAUACUACCUGCCCUACCUCUACUCCUGCAUCUCGCUCUUCGGCGUGCUGCUCCUGCUGCUGUGCACCCCCUUUGGCCUCUCCACCAUGUUCACCGUCACAGGGAAGCUGCUGGUGAAACCCCGGCUCCUGGAAGACCUGGAUGAGCAGUUGAGCUGCACGAGGUUCGAGGAAGCCGCCGUGUCCCGCAGGAUCUCCUCUGGCAAAGCUUCCUGUUGGCUGAACUUGAACGUGGAGCUGCUGCGGGAGCAGUUCUUCGCCAUCCGGAGCAAGAGGCGGAAGCUGGAGCUGCGGCACCAAGCGUCACCCUGGCAGAGGAACCUGGGCUACCCCCUGGCCAUGCUGGGCCUCCUGGCGCUAACAGGCAUCUGUGUGCUCAUUGUCUGCUUCCAUGUCCUGGAGCUGCUGCUGGACGAUGCCGCAAUGCCUCGGGGCAUCCAGGACGCAUCCCUGGGCCAGGUCUCCUUCUCCAUCUUCGGUUCCUUUGGAGCUGCCCUGCAGGUUGUCCUCAUCUUCUACCUGAUGGUCUCCUCCGUCGUCGGCUUCUACAGCUCCCCCCUCUUCACCCGGCUGCUCCCCGAGCGGCAGGACACUCCUCUCACCAAGAUCAUCGGGAACUGCGUCUCCUUGCUGGUGCUCAGCUCGGCCCUGCCUGUCUUCUCCAGGACGCUGGGGAUCACCCGUUUUGACCUCCUGGGGGACUUUGGCCGCUUCAACUGGCUGGGGAACUUCUACAUCGUCUUCCUUUACAACAUGGGCUUUGCGGGGCUCACCACCCUGUGCCUGGUGAAGAGGGUCUCCUGGGCCGUCCAGGCCGAGCUCAUCCGCGCCUUCGGUGAGGACAGGGACGUGGGGAUGGGUGCUGGGGUGUCCAUCCCCCACCCCGCAGUUCUCACGCUGUCCCUUUGCCCAGGUCUGCACAAGCUGCCGCUGCCCAUGACGUGCUCCCGACCCCCCGGCAAGCCCUGCUAGGGCUGGGGGACAGGGACGUGUCCUCCCCCACUGCAGUCACCCCCAGGACAGGGCUGCCAGCUGCAGAGCUGGCCCCAACAGUGCCUGGUGCUUCGGAGUCGCCAGAGACCCCCAGGGAGAGCCGAGACCCCGUGGGGUUGCCUGCCCCCCCGCCCCCCAGGUCUGUCUCAGCCUGUUGCGUUACUGAGCCUUGGCCUUGAGCCGCGUCCCCGUUACAGCCCCCCCAGGGCCGCGCGGUCUCCCAGGGGCUGCGCUGGCUGCGGCCCCCCCCAUGCCCCGUUUAUAUACCUCGCGCGAGAGCAGCCAUCCCCGGUGCUGCCCUGGCUGCUCCCUGGGGUACGGUUGGGUUUUGGAUGUCCCCCCACCCUGGGGACUGUCCUGACACUACAGUGGGAGCCCUGUGCCCAGUCACUCCACACCCCAUCCCCGUGUCAGCCCGGGGCUGCUGGGGGCACUGGUUGUCCCCUGCCCCGAGGCCUUCGGGGUCCCCAAGGGAGGAGCAGGGUUGGAGGGUCCUGGGGUGCUGGGGACAAUCCCCGCCUGCCCCCCCCACCAGCUUGGUGUAGCGAGUCUUGUCAGGUCUCUGUUACCACAGAACUUAUCUGGA